ACAUCCAAUUUUUCGUGGGGACGACAAAGAUUCAACUCAUUGACUCAUUGUUUGGGUGUCUAAAAAAAACCUACAAUGGUGAAGAUGCUGCUUUUGUCUAGCCUAAGGGGCGCUGGUGCACCAGUUAAACGUCUGGUAACAUCAGCUGGACAAUGUAAGAAAGGAUUCGCCUCCUCUGCAGUUAACCAGAAUGUACUUUCUUUACGCCAUGUUGGUAAACACCCAGAGUUUCAUAACCAAUGUAGUAAGUAAAAACUUAUUAAAAUUACAGUAAAGUAAAUGGAUACAAAAUAAUACAUAUUAUGAUUUAUAUACUACACCGUAGUACAAAAGACGAUAUAUAUAUGGUAUUUGGUGACUAUAGUGAGUAUUCGGGGGCUGAGUUACUCCUGAAGACCAAUAUGCUGAGCAGAGCCUACCCUGUCAUGGAGGAUAUCCAGAUUUUAGGGUAGGGUGUGCUUGCCCUCCUCAAAACAAUGAACCCCUUCAAAGCACAUCAAAUCACGAGUGCUCAAGGAAUGGGGAAAUGAAAUCGCUCCUGCCCUAACAAUCCACUUCCAAUCAUCGCUGUGCGCAGGCAAUGUUCCAGAAGACUGGAGAAAAGAACAUGUCACUCCAAUCUACAAGAAAUGGGAGCUUUCCGACCCUCCCAACUACCUCCAGUAUCCCUCACCAGCGUGGGAUGAAAACUGUUAAAACACAUAAUGGUAAGCGAAGUCAUGAAGCAUAUUGAAAGCCAAAAUUUAAUCAAUGAUUGUCAGCAUGGAUUACGACUCAAUAGAUCAUGUGAGACCAAGCUCCUUGAAUUUGUAGCAGACUUGAUGACCAAUGCGGAGAAAAGCAAGCAAGCUGACGUGCUGGUGAUGGACUUCUCAAAGGCAUUUGAACGUGUCACUCAUAAUUUUUCUCUUCAUAAACUCCAGAGAUCCAAGGCACUACUAAAACAUGGAUCUCUAGCUUCCUCAGCAACCGAUGCCUGUAGUAGUGGUGCACUGUACAAGCUCCUCCAUUGUCGAUGUAAAGUAGGGGUCCCCCAGUGCUAGGCGCUAGGCCCUUGUUUGUUCCUAUCAAUGACCUAACCUAGAAACUGACAUCCCAACUGACAACUGUUCGCAGAUGACACCGCGGUGUAUAGGAAGAUCGCCAACCUUUCUGACCAGGGAGUAGAGACGUGGAAUUUUAUCCUGCCAAGUGCCAGACACUAUCAUACUCUAUAAGUGGAACUCAUUUACAUCACCGUUAAGAAAUGCAUGGCCAUAUACUUUAGCCAGUUUUCUUCGUAAGGUACCUCGAUGAUACCAUUCUUAGAGAUGUCCGCUGGGACGAGCAUGUUAACAAUGUGUGCAACCAGGCUACAAGACCCUAGGGUCCUUUAGGCAAAAUUUAAAAAUUGGCAACUGCAAUGAAAAAGAAAGAGCAUAUAAAGCCUUUGCCCGGCCGCUUUUAGAUUAAGCAUCUUCAGUCUAUGAUUCAUUCACCCAGAAGAGCGUCGACAGGUUGGAGGCGGUCCAGUGACGGGCAGCACGAUUUUGUCCUAAAUCUCUACAGGAACAUUUCUAGUGUUGGAGGCAUGCUCGAAACACGGGGUUGUUCACCCUUGGAGAGAAGGUGACGACUAUCCAGGCUCUCCAUGAUGUACAAGAUAAAUAAUGGUCUUGUCCAUUGCUCCAGCAUAAAAAAGAAACUCGCCCUCCCCCCCCCCCCACCUCCCAGACAGCCACGAGGCCAUGAAAAGACAAUCAGGGAUUGGAACAAGCUUCCAAAUGGAAAAGUUGAGGCGAUAAAACACUUGACACAUUUGCAUCUAUUGCCUCGGGCCUUCCAACCCCCAGUUCCUGAUAACAUAGCUGUGUAGCCCUUUCAACCAGUGAAAUAUCCUAUUCAUAACUGGCACAAAAACAUAGAAAAUCCCGUCUACACACAUAGGAGCUAGUGGGAUCAAUCCAUUGAUCGUACGCCCUUAAUAUAUAGAAGAAAAAGAAGAAAUAGAAAUAUUAAUUUUUUAAUGCGUUUCUUGCAAAGAUGAAUAACCGCACACACCACCCCCUUAGACACCAUUAAAUCACACACCAUGUCCUACAAAAUUCGACUUUAAAAAUAUAUUUAAAAACAAAUAAUUAAUAUAAAAUGUUCAUUAAAAAAACAACAAAACAAAACAAUGACAACACAUGUGUUCGUUUCAGAUGGAUUUCUUCUGGCAAGACGAACUCUAAGACACUCACAGGCAGAUGUUAGGAAAGGUCUAAAGAUCAUUAGCUCCACUUUGGGACAACUCAGCAGUAGAAGUCAAGUAGAAGCCAAUGACAUAUUACCGUCAAAUGAUCUAAAAAAGGUAGGAUCUGUGUUCCUGCAGGGUAUUUAUUAUGUUGAAUACUCAAAGGUAAUUUCUUGAUCAUGACACCGAAAGCCCUGUAACAUAUUGGAACUGUAGUGUAACUUAUAGUCCAACCUUCUACAACAACAAUGAGCCAUGACAUCUUCUGACCAGAGACAAUGUCCAAUAAUGAACUGAGGUAAAGAUAGGAUGUAUGACACCAUUCACUUCCUAGGACAGCAUUAAGAUUGACAGCCCCGAAACUUUAAAGGUAUUUUAGUUGAAAUAAAUUUCUGACAGUAUUUUCAAAAUGCAUAAUAAAAUUUCUAACUGCGAGCUCAACCCAAAAUUAUGCAACUGCAUUUUAUUUUAUGUUUAAAUAUAUAAAAUGUUAUUAUGCAUAUAUUUAUGACACUCUUAUCUAGGUCUCUAGCAUACCACCGCCUUUGAACUGGCUGCCCAGUUACAACCAGAAAAGAAGCUUUCAUGAUGGGCUGUUUGGUAAUGGGAGGCAAGAUGUUCUGACAUAUUUAAAUCGUAGUCUGGGGCCUUUGUCUUACAACUGUAGACGUUUACACCUGGAACCGGCUAGGAAUUGCAAAAUACCAACAAAAUUUAAUGUAAGCACCUUCCUGUUAUAGUUUUUGUUAAUUCAUAAGAUAGCUUAUAAAGAAUUUUGAAAUGUAUUAUUAUGUGUAUCUUAUACUUUGGCAAACUUAUGCUUUUGGUAUAAUGUGGUGUAAAAGAGGAGGUUAGUAUCUCUGAUGCUGGAACAAUUUUUGCUCCUAAGAGCAGUUUGUCCGUCUUGGUCCUCUCCUGUCACUAAAAUUUCACCAAUGGCUCCCCGUAGUUGUUAGCAUGCAACAGCGGCCAAACCCGGGGCGACGACUUACACUAGCCUGCUAAAACAGGUGAGGGUAGUUGAUGGGCCUCAAACCCUCGGUGAAUUAUGUCUGCCUACCUACUGCACGCGAAGCCUGGAUCUCUCCGGAUCCUGCGGAGAAGACCAUUUAGGAUCAAUGGAGGUGAAGUCGAUUACAGCAGCGCACCGUGGAGUGUGUAGGGCAAGAUGAGGUACGCAGAACAUCUUGGUCAUCAACUACAUCAGUACCCAUCUCCGGUUGUCUUGGCUUAGUUUUGCCACUGGCACGGGUGGGUCCGGGCGAUCGAGUCAAGUCUACGCUGAGCUAACUUUCAUCAGUUUAAGCAAAGUCAUCAGCGCAAGUCAUCAGUAAUCCAGCACCCAUCAACCCAUGUUCUGUGGCGACGGGUGAGCGACGAAGUGACGUGUGUGGUGCAAUGGAAGUGGUAGCCGCAAGCCUGCACACAAACGACUCAGGUUAAAGAGUCGCGCUUCACUGAUCGGAGCACAAGUGGAGUUCGUCAGCCAUCUGAGUAGCUCUAUUCAUGACAGCACUGCUCACCCCCAGGCAUAAGGAAGAGGUUAGAAAAGGUGAUCCGAAAAUUGCCUGCUCCUUCACAUCCUAACCGGCUAACCACGGUCGGCGAGGAUCCAAAUUUGUGCUCCAAAAACAAAGACAAACUUGAUUUUACUUAAAAUUGCCUCUUGGAACAUCCGCACAUUGCUUGAUUGGGUCACUACAAACAUAACUCAACGACGCACAUCCCUUAUCGCCCACGAACUUGUCAGAUAGAACGUAGACAUCGUCGCCCUCAGUGAAAUCAGACUCUCUGGAAGAGGUGAACUCACAGAAAGGCUUGCUGGCUAUUCUUUCCUCUGGAGCCGGUGAGAAGAUGAAGUUGCCUUUGAUGUUAAAACCUCUCUUUCGAGCAAGCGCCCCAUCUCUCUUAAAAGUGUCAAUGCCGUCUAAUGUCAUGCACCUUAGUCACUGCCUACGCACUAACCUUAGUCACUGCCUACGCACUCACCUUAGUCACUGCCUACGCACUAACCUUAGUCACUGCCUACGCACUAACCUUAGUCACUGCCUAUGCACUCACCUUAGUCACUGCCUACGCACUAACCUUAGUCACUGCCUACGCACUCACCUUAGUCACUGCCUACGCACUCACCUUAGUCACUGCCUACGCACUCACCUUAGUCACUGCCUACGCACUCACCUUAGUCACUGCCUACGCACUCACCUUAGUCACUGCCUACGCACUCACCUUAGUCACUGCCUACGCACUCACCUUAGUCACUGCCUACGCACUCACCUUAGUCACUGCCUAUGCACUCACCUUAGUCACUGCCUAUGCACUAACCUUAGUCACUGCCUAUGCACUAACCUUAGUCACUGCCUACGCACUAACCUUAGUCACUGCCUAUGCACUAACCUUAGUCACUGCCUAUGCAACAUUAGAUCACCGUCUAACGCAACUGUCCCAUGCCCACAGUGCCAAAGACUAUUCCGAGUACGGUUCGUACCAGCAAGCCACCUAGGCACUCACCGUAACCCGCCCCACCCCAAACUGGAUGACUGGAUGGUCGUUGUCAAAUGUCCCGGACGAACAAGCAUGGCAAACUUAAUAUGAUUAUCUUAUCUCCUGAUAUUUUUGUAGUUUACGUAAAAUCUUUAGCAACCUUUAGCAUUUGAAUCUUUUAUUAUUCUUCCCCCACCCAAAAAAAAAAAAAAAAAACUUACCUUUUUUUACACAUAAAAACCCAAUCAGAAUUAAAGAAGGAAAAAAUAAAAUAAUCAUGAUUAAAUUUUUCAUCCAGGCUAUUAAAGUAUCGGACCAGCGCCUUGGGCCAACUUACACGUCACAACUGUGUGCGGAGUCACAGAAUAGACUCAAGGAAAUAGCCCAUGAAAGCAUAAAGAAAGCCCUUAGAGCCAACAAAGUUAAAGUUGUCAAAGAUAACCCCAAGAAAUACCCUGGUUAGUAUUAAUGAAACAAUACACAGCUGUAUGAUUUAUCCUCAUACGAUUUGACAAAUUAGCGUUUUUUAAAUGACAGUUUGAUAUCAAAUGAUUAGCAACACCAUUUAAUAAUUGUUUAUAAAUCACUGAAAAUUCACUUUUAACAUUAAGAAAAAAAAAUCUUUGCCAGACCAAGGACUAUUCGAGUCAUCCUUGCUGACUCAAGUAGAGAAAGAUAUCAAGAAUAACAUGGAAGCAUUCAGAGUUCCAGCUAUACUUCGCUAUGUAAGGAAACAUUUUUUUACAUUUAAAAUAAUUAAAUUUGUGAAAUUGGCCUUAAAUCAUAAGUCUUUGUAAUGCAAACAUUGCACUUAAAUGGAGAGUUGAAAGAACUGUAAGAAAAACUGAACACAACUGAAACCAUGAGGCUAAUAGUUAACUUGCAAUUUUACUUAGGACUUGAGUUUGUUUGGAAUGCAUCUAAUUUUUGUUACUGACAGAUGACGAUGGAGAUCACUAAAAGAAAUUUGGAGACUCCUGGAUUGUUCCGAAUGACUGGAAAUCCUGACAAAGUAGCGGUGAGAUAUUGUAUUCAUUCUUUUUCGAAGCUUCAAUGAAAGUUUUUUGUGACUUUAACAGAAUAUUGUGAAUAUAAGACUUGUCAAAAUGAUGAAAGGUAUCGAUGAAUUUUAAAGUAAAAUAAACUAAAGAACGUCUAAUCUGAAAUAGUGCAGUAUUCCUCCAAGAUUAACAACCAAUCAUUCUUUUGAUCAGCGGUUCUCAAAAAGAGGCAUAUGCCCUGCCAGGUACCACAUCAUAAAUUUGUGGGGCAACAAAUCCUUUAACUAAAUAAUCUUAAGUGAAUAAAUAAUAAAGUUUAAAUAAUACUUAAUGGGGUCUACACGUGUAAAAAAAAACAUAAUAGUAAGGUGGGUAGCGAAUACAACAAAGGUUGAGAAUGGUUGCUCUUGACCAAGCGUUGAAGGAAAAUAUUGCUUUUAGCAAAUUUUCAAUUAAGUCAAUGAUUUAUAGGUCUAACUUCUAAUGGCUGAAAUGAAAGUCUAGCAAAUAUUCAAUUAAAGACAAUUAUCUGGCAACUAUUAAUUUAAAGACAAACAUGCAAGCUGAGGUUUAUAUAUGAUAAUGUACAAGACCACGUAGUUUUUGAAGCAGUAAAGCAAUCCUUAAGGGCUAACCAACGAGACAGAGUUUUUUUAAAUAGAAUAGUUAUCAAUCGUGACGCAUUUUCGUUUUAAUUUUCAUUCCUCACACAGAAAUUGAAACAUCUUUUGGAAGAGAAAUUCUAUGGGACAGAAGCCUUUGACAGAAGCGGGUAUGAUAUUCAUGACUUCGCAACACUUAUGAAAGACUAUUUGCGUAAUCUGCCUGCACGACUCGUGUCAACAGAAAAAUUUGAAAUUUUUCCCGAUAUAGAAGGUAUUUGUGUUGAAUUUAAAUAUUUCAGAUAUAGAGGGUAUUGUGCUGAAUUUAAAUAUUUCAGAUGUACAACUUUAAAGAAUUCUAAUGGCCGAAUGAAAUUUAUGUGCCAUUAUUUUUGUUGCAAUACACAACUAACAAGCAGAAUUCUUCUCUCUUCGUAGACUUGGAUUUUGAAAAAGAACAAUAUCCAAUAAUGAACUUCUUUUACGUGUCUAUGACACAAGAACACAGAAACACAGUACAGGUAUGAACGCUGUAAUGUACAUGUUGCCCCCGUAGUUUGAACACUAAUGAAUUAGUUGAAUGAAGUUCGGGGUGUCUCUGUAGACUGAACAUGUAAGAAUGGUCCUGGUAAUGUACAAGGUUCAAGGUCGCAAGUGUGUUAAUUAAUAAAAAUUAUGUAUAAUAUUUAUUUAUAUGUAUGUUAUUAAUGACUGAAGUUAAUAACAUAGUGUGACGCUAUAUAUUUAAAAUAAAGCCUACCCUACGCCUGUUAAAGACUUUCCCAAAUUUUGGAAAACCUUCCACUCCUGCCCCCAAAGUAGGUCAAACUUUCCACAAAAAAAAAAAUAUUUAAAAAUUAGUAAAUAAUUACAUUUUAAUGAAAAACAUACUUCGCCAUUAAACUUACCUGCUCCCCACUUACCUGCUCUCCCCUCUGGAGUAUGAACUACGCGUCUCGAUUAAACUUACCUGCUCCCCACUUACCUGCUCUCCCCUCUGGAGUAUGAACUACGCGUCUCGAUUAAACUUACCUGCUCCCCACUUACCUGCUCUCCCCUCUGGAGUAUGAACUACGCGUCUCGAUUAAACUUACCUGCUCCCCACUUACCUGCUCUCCCCUCUGGAGUAUGAACUACGCGUCUCGAUUAAGCUUACCUGCUCCAUUCCCCCCUCCCCGCUUUUCAGGAGUGUGAGUUACCAUUCUCGAUUAAGUUCACCUGCCCCCCCCCCCCCCUUCAGGAGUGUUGACUGCACUUUUCCAUUAAACUGACCUGCUCCCCUCUCAGGAGCGUAAACUACGUUAUGGAUGGCCCCUUAUUGUAACCGUAAACUACGUUAUGGAUGGCCCCUUGUGGUAAAAUACACUUGGCAUAAUUAGGUAUAUCAAUUAAAAAGGUCAACCCAAUGUUUUGUCCUUUUUUCGCUCCAUUAUCAGCACCCACCUGUGUUUAGAGUUGAAGCCUCCCACCCGCUAGACGUAAUGAUCAUUUUCAACCUUUUUGUCAAGUUGACUUAUUUUUUAUUGUGCUUACAAAGUGUCCUCACUUUUUCACUUUUUAUUAAGUUUAAACUAAAUGUUCAAUUAUUUUUUUUUUAAAGUAUCUAUUUAGCUUUCUAGAAAAAGUAGCAAACCACAGUGAUAAGAACCAGAUGGAUGCCGACAUGCUGGCAAAAUUUUUUGGACCACUCUUAUUUAAGACGGAGGACAAAGAGAAAGUUUCCUGUCAGAUCAACAUGGCAAGAGCGUGGAUGUUUUAUUAUCGCAGCUUGGCUCUUGUAAGUCACCCAUUGGCUCAUUGAAAGCUGAUCUCGCAUUUCAGCUCUCGUCAAUAUUUUUAAAAUCAAUUAAAACAAAUUUAAAUAUUUUUUAAGGAAUAGUAAAAAUAACCAUUGAUGUCAGCAGGAACAAUUAAAAAUCUUAAAUUUGAUAUCUUUCCAUCACUUAAUUAGUACAUGGCCCUUGUACCUUUCUAUCACUCAAUUAGUACAUGGCCCUUGUACCUUUCUAUCACUUAAUUAGUACAUGGCCCUUGUACCUUUCUAUCACUUAAUUAGUACAUGUACCUUGUACCUUUCUAUCACUUAAUUAGUACAUGUACCUUGUACCUUUCUAUCAAUUAAUUAGUACAUGUACCUUGUAUCUUUCUAUCAUUUAAUUAGUACAUGUACCUUGUACCUUUCUAUCACUUAAUUAGUACAUGGCCCUUGUACCUUUCUAUCACUUAAUUAGUACAUGUACCUUGUACCUUUCAAUCACUUAAUUAGUACAUGGCCCUUGUACCUUUCUAUCACUUAAUUAGUACAUGUACCUUGUACCUUUCUAUCACUUAAUUAGUACAUGUACCUUGUACCUUUCUAUCACUUAAUUAGUACAUGUACCUUGUACCUUUCUAUCACUUAAUUAGUACAUGUACCUUGUACCUUUCAAUCACUUAAUUAGUACAUGUACCUUGUACCUUUCUAUCACUUAAUUAGUACAUGUACCUUGUACCUUUCUAUCACUUAAUUAGUACAUGUACCUUGUACCUUUCUAUCACUUAAUUAGUACAUGUACCUUGUACCUUUCUAUCACUUAAUUAGUACAUGUACCUUGUACCUUUCUAUCAUUUAAUUAGUACAUGUACCUUGUACCUUUCUAUCACUUAAUUAGUACAUGGCCCUUGUACCUUUCUAUCACUUAAUUAGUACAUGUACCUUGUACCUUUCUAUCAUUUAAUUAGUACAUGUACCUUGUACCUUUCUAUCACUUAAUUAGUACAUGUACCUUGUACCUUUCUAUCACUUAAUUAGUACAUGUACCUUGUACCUUUCUAUCACUUAAUUAGUACAUGGCCCUUGUACCUUUCUAUCACUUAAUUAGUACAUGUACCUUGUACCUUUCUAUCACUUAAUUAGUACAUGUACCUUGUACCUUUCUAUCACUUAAUUAGUACAUGUACCUUGUACCUUUCUAUCACUUAAUUAGUACAUGGCCCUUGUACCUUUCUAUCAUUUAAUUAGUACUUGUAUCUUGGUACGUUUCUAUCCCUUAAAUAGUAUAUGGCCCUUGGGAGGCAUCUAUCACUUUUCAUAGUAGAUGGACCUUGGUCACUUUCUAUCACUUAUAUAGUUCAAGACCUUUGUAACUUCCUAUCGCUUAAAUAGCACAUGGCCGUUGGUACCCUUCUACGACUUUUCAUAGUAGAUGGCCCUUGAUAGCCUUCUAUUCCUUAAAUAGUAUAAGCCCUUAGUAACUCGUGUAUCACAUGUUAAGUUUAGUUUCUCUUCUUUCUUUUCUAUAAAACUCAUUUAGGUACCAUCUCAUAUGAUGGAGGAUCUUAGGAAAUCUUUCAGUUCAAAAGAAGCCAAAAUAAAAUUUGUAAGUAACAUAAUUUAUUUAUACAAAAUUUAAGAAAAAUAAACAAAUAAAUACUAUCAAUAUCAUUUUAAGUUAUAUAUUACAUUUAAACGUUAGAACUAAUCUAUGUUUUUAUAUUGCAAAGUGUUACAUAAUGUAAUGCCUUUUCUAUUUUAGGAUCCUAAACUAUUUCCCGAAACACCAAAACCACCGUCUGUUCCCAAAAAUGUGGUAAAUUUUUUAGACGUUUGUAUUAAUCAUAGAAAUAAGUAAAUAACUGGCUAAAAACAGAAAAAGUAAAGCUCAUUUAACCAGCACACAGGCCACAUCUAGCUUAUAUACGGAUAUAAGACCAGACCAGGCGCCAACUUGGCCUCUCUGCCAACAUUCAAAUGAGACAAAGUCAAAUAACCUGUAUUUACUUGAUUUGAUAACCGUUUAACACUUCUUUGACCUGCCAUAAUUUCCGGACUAAAGAAAUGACAUAAACUCAGACAACGUCCAAGUGAAGAACACCUGUAAAUUAUUCGAUAUGCCAAAAUGAGACAUUUUAUCAAAAUAAUGAAAUCUCUUGUCCUAAUUACUUUCAAGAUUUAUGAAAGCUUUCUAGGCUACAUUUAAACUCUUUUGAGAAAUUUCAAGUAAACACAGAAACGAAAACAACUUAAUUUAUAAAUUUUUAACGGCCCAAAGAGUAGUUUAGAAUUUAUUAUCUUUUACAAAUUUUCUUUAAUCUACAGCAAAACGCUACUGAUGCCACAAUCACUGUGCUGACACCCUAUGAGAGUCAGCCUUCCAAGCAAAUAAAAAUAGGAGCACAGCAUGUAGCCAAACAAGUUGUCUGUGAAGCAUUGGGAAUAGCCUUGUAAGUGGUCAACUAUGAACGGUUAUUCCAAUGUUGUCUGAAACACUAGUUAACUGGUAGUGAUAGCCAACACGGGGAGGGUAACACCAAGGGUGGGUGGCACUGUUGAUAUAGAUACCUCAUUUAUUUAUAACGAAAUUUUAGCCUAAAAAAAAUAUGCAGGGCCAACAUUCUGCAAAAAUGGGAUAUACAACCAAUUAUUAGAAUAAAAAUUGUUUAUAUUAACUAAUUUACUACAACAAAAAUAUUUUGACUCAAAAAAAAUAUUAAAAUGUCUGGUUCCAUUCCAUUAGUGAUCCCUUUGAUAUGGCAGCCGAUGACUCUGCAAUGGACAAAACCCCACCAUUGAAACCAGAUGUUCUUCACGAUCUAACGAUGUAAAUAUUACGGCUAAGACAGAUCGCUAAAUAUCUUGCCUAGUUAAGUUUAACUACUAAUGCUUACAUUUACUCGUAUUUUAAGUAAACGACAUUUUAAGUGCUUCACUAAAUGUUUAAGAAUUCAAAGCUUUUUUUUUUUAAUAUCUGAAAUUUCCUUAAUCGUAAUUGUAACAGCAAAAAUAUCACCUAUGAGAAAAUGAGAUGGUAGGAGACGGUUAAAUCUACUUCGUACAAAAAAGAUUUCAAUUUGUUUUUAAAAUAUAUUCUUCCCCAGUGAUGACACAGAAGAUGAUAAACCGCCUUCGAAUUAUUUGCAUGAAGUUGGUGGCAACAUGGGUAAUUUAUGAUUGAUUCAACUUAAAUGUUUUGUUGAUGCUUUAUUUAUAAUUCCACAUUAAAAACAAAACAGUUUUCUAUCACCAAAAUUAGCUCCUGUAGCCUUCGCUUACUCAGUGUACCUCUGGGGUAACACCCCUGGCAUUAUCAACCAAGUAUAGAGUGGUCACGGCCGCAAUAGGGUGACAUAUUAUUUACCUCUGGGACAGCUGGUGACGCUAAGGAAAGUUUUAAGUUGCUCCCCAAUUUUCUCUCGGACAGACGGUGGCAGUUCCAUUAAAUGACUUUUAAGCUGAUGAUUUCUUUACUGUUAUCAGCCACAUAUCCAUAUCCACACAGUUAUACAAUGAAUAAACUUGAUUUUCUAUGCAAUGAUUGAUAUGGUUUGAAAGCGUAUUGAUUACUCAUUAUUUUAACCGACUCCCUACCACAUGUGACAGAAUUUACCACAUGUGGCAGACCUUACUGCUUGUUGUUGACCUUACCCGUUGUGGCUAAAUCUUUCAUUUUUUAAAAGUGUGUUUGCCUUUGCUUUCUUAUAACACUUCCCUCUCCUAGGUGAACGAUGCCUGGACUCCAACACCAAGAUGCUGGAGCUUUACAAAGUGAAUCCGAAAGCAUUUUGGGUGAUAAAGACCCGACGAAGUCCAGCAAUACAUCAAUCCAGCUGAAAGGAACUUCCUCCAUUAUAAAGUGAAGGAAUAAGUGGUCAAGAAGUAUGUGACCAAGGACCGCCCUAACUGAAACUGUGGCCAACAUAACCUAGAUGCCUUUUAACACUAGCUUAUAAUGUCUUAAACCUUUGGUUUAUUGCAUUCAAUGGUAUAUAGAAUUUUUUGUGUUGAACAAGAGUUUAAAAUUUGUUACUAAAAUAAAUGUGUUAUUAAAUAUCAGAUUAAAAGGGAGAAUGCAUAAUAUUUUUUUUAGAAACCCUUCUUUCAGUUGUUUACCUCGGUGAUCAUUACAUUUAGAAUGUCUCUGGUGCAACUUUUGACACCACAAUUUUAAUCUGAUUAAUAAAAAUAAAUCAUAAGGC